GAAAUCUGAAAAUAUGAACCGCCGUUGUGUUUGCGGCUGCUGUUAAGUUAGUCAUGUUUUAUUAUUAACAUGUAUUAGUUUGUAUGGUCUCUUUUUCUUUCGAGCGUUAAUACACCACAGAAAAUGACGGAGGAGUCAGCGGUUAAAGUCUGUGUUCGGGUGCGUCCACAUGUGGAGAGGGAGGAAAGAGGCCUGUUAGAGGACACAGAACCUGUCCAGCUGUAUUGGAAAGCUGAUAAUAAAUCAAUUCAUCAGAUUGAUGAUGGAAAUUCCAACAAGAAUUUUAGUUUUGACCGAGUGUUUUCUGCUGAAGAAACAACCGGUCAGCUGUACCAGACUAUUGCAAAGCCUCUGGUUGUUUCAGCUGUUGAGGGAUAUAAUGGCACUAUAUUUGCGUAUGGGCAGACCUCUUCUGGAAAGACCUUUACCAUGAUGGGAUGUGAUCGUAUCCCUGGAGUUAUUCCUCUGGCUGUUGAAGACGUCUUCCAAACUAUUAAAAAUUUUCCAAAUAAAGAAUUCCUUCUCAGAGUCUCCUACAUGGAAAUCUACAACGAGACUGUUACUGAUCUGCUUGUCGAUAGCUGGAAGAGAAAGCCCUUGGAAGUGCGAGAAACGAUCAAUAAAAAUAUCUACGUGGCUGAUCUGACUGAAGAGCUGGUCACCUCUCCUGCUCAGGCUCUGGCCUGGAUCCGGAAAGGAGAAAAGAACCGCCAUUAUGGAAAAACAAAAAUGAACCAGCGCAGCAGCCGCUCACACACUAUAUUUCGUAUGAUUCUUGAAAGCUUAGAGAAAAGCGACCCAACAUCGGGAGAAAAUGCUGACGGAGCCAUCAUUGUGUCUCAUCUAAAUUUAGUAGAUCUGGCUGGAUCUGAGAGAGCAAGCCAAACAGGAGCUGAAGGUGCGCGUUUCAAAGAAGGCUGCAAUAUCAAUCGCAGUUUGUUCAUACUUGGUCAGGUGAUCAAGAAACUAACUGAUGAAAGCCAGAAGGGUUUCAUAAACUACAGGGACAGCAAGCUAACCCGCAUCCUGCAGAAUUCCUUGGGCGGGAACGCCAAGACCCUCAUCAUCUGCACCAUCACUCCCUCCACUCUGGAUGAAACACUCAGCACACUGCAGUUUGCCAGCACUGCAAAGAAAAUGAAGAAUGACCCACAUGUGACGGAGGUGUCCGAUGACGGCGCUUUGCUCAAACGCUAUCGCAAUGAAAUUGAAGACCUAAAGCGACGACUUCAUGAGGUCUCUUCAGUCACACAGACCACGGCUACAGAAAAGGAGGUUCUCUCCCAGCUGCUCCAAGAAAAAGAUCAGCUCCAGAGGGAACAAGAAGACAGGAUCAGGAACCUGACCAAACUGCUUGUCACUGGCUCAAACCUGGUCCCUGUGCAAAAGAUGCCUAAGCGCAGGGUUACGUGGGGAGGAAAGAUUCUCAGACGUGCCUGUCCAUCAACCUGUGACGAUGACAUGUCUGACCUCAGUUUUGUAGAUCCUUUCAGUCUAAGGAGGAAAGCAAACAGCUCCUGUUUGAUGGAGCAGACCGGAGAUGAGUAUUUUGACUCCCACUGGGUGAUUUCUGAGGAGCCAUCCGAUGACAUGGAGAUGAGUCAGAGCUCUGUGACAGUUCGAAGUUUUGGAGACAGUUCCAGAGACUUCCUGUCCCCUGAAAGAAUGUGUGAGCUUUCACAGAAGGUGUCCAAACUGGAGUUACAGCUCGAGAUGGACAGCCAACAGAAGGAGGAGGCCAUGAAAAAUGUAGAAGCAUUAGAUGGUAAAGUGGCAGAGCUGCAGCUGAAGCUUCAAACAGAAGCUCAGGAGAAGCUGGAGGCCUCGAUGAAAGCACAGAUAACAGAACAGAAGGUAGCAGAACUGGAGAUGCUGCUGCAAACUGAAGCUCAGGAGAAGCUGGAGGUCUCGAUGAAAGCACAGAUAACAGAACAGAAGGUAGCAGAACUGGAGAUGCUGCUGCAAACUGAAGCUCAGGAGAAGCUGGAGGUCUCGAUGAAAGCACAGAUAACAGAACAGAAGGUAGCGGAACUGGAGAUGCUGCUGCAAACUGAAGCUCAGGAGAAGCUGGAGGUCUCGAUGAAAGCACAGAUAACAGAACAGAAGGUAGCAGAACUGGAGAUGCUGCUGCAAACUGAAGCUCAGGAGAAGCUGGAGGUCUCGAUGAAAGCACAGAUAACAGAACAGAAGGUAGCAGAGCUGGAGAUGCUGCUGCAAACUGAAGCUCAGGAGAAGCCGGAUACCAUUAAGAGGCUGGAAUCCCGAGUAGCUGGCCUGGAGAGACAGCUGGAAGAACAGAGUUGCAGUGAAACUGAACAGAUCAGGAGAGAGUUUGCAGAGACCAUUCAGCUGUGUGAAACGUUGGCUUCAGAGAAGGAGAUUGUGGUUGCUGAACGAGACUAUCUGAAACAGGAGCUGGGGAUGUUCAUAGAGCAAACUAAGAAUUUAGAGCAAGAGAAGUCUGCUUUGUCACAGGAACUGAAGGAGAGAAGGGAUUUAGAUGAGUUCAAAUCUCUGGAGGAAGAGUUUGCAAAGGAGCAUGAGAGCGAGUUAAAAAAUGAAAUCUCUAACCUAAGGAAGGCUCAUGAAUCGUCUGAGCUCCGUUGCCAGGAGUUUCAGAGCAAAGUGGAAACUCUGUCUGAAGAGCUAAAGAAGAAAACUGAACUUGCAGAGGAACUUCAGAGGAUGAGUGGUAAAGACUUGGUACAAGAGUUGGCAAUGCUUCAUCGCUCUCUGGAAGAUGCCGAAGGAGUCAGCAGAGACACAAAGAAGGAAUGGGCAGUCCUCCGUAGCCAGAACAAUGACUUGGAGGAGAUGAAUGUCGCCCUCACUGCCAACCUUGAAAAGGUUCAGGCUGAGAUGACCAGCCUGCUUUCUCAACUUGAAAUAGAGAAAUAUCGCUACAGAAAGAUGGAAACAGAUCUGCAAAAGGAGCUGAAUAUCGCAUUUCACGAGAACACCAAGCUCACCUCUCUGCUGGAUGGCAAAGUUCCUCAAAAUCUGACAGACAGCGUGAAACUUGAGAGAACGGUAGCCAGCCUGAGUCAAGAGCUGAAAACGUCUCAAGAAGCAGAGGAAGCGCUCAGAGCUCAGCUGGAGGAGCUCAAAUCACUUCAGACUCAGCCAGAUAAGGUGCACAGCUUAACAAAACAAAUAUGUGACGUAACAGAGAAGCUUGAAGCUGUUAAAAGUCAGAGAGACAGUCUGCUUUCAGCUCAGUCUCAGUGUCAACUGGAGGCUCAGCGGCUCAGAGACGUGCUGCAGACAUCUCAGGAUGAGAUUCUGAAAAUACAAGCAAAACUUUCUGCCUCGUGUCAGCGGGAGGAGGAGAUUAGCCAGCGGUUUGCUGAUGCUUCCCAGCAGCUGGAUUUGCUUCGCUCAGACCUGCAGCAAUCUGACGCAGAGAGGAGACGGUUCACGGCUUUGCUUGAAGAGAGAGACAAGAAGGCCACAGAGUCUGAACUUCUUCUGGAGUCUCUCCAGCAUGAGGUCCAGGAACAGAAACAGAAGAACUCUGAUCUUGUGAACGUUUUGGAGCAGAAGUCUGAAUCAGUGGAACAUAGUCUGUCACAGCAGAAAGAGGCUGAGCGAAUGCUGAGUGUUGACUCUCCAGACGACGUGGAGAAGCUGCUCUCCACUGUGGCUUCUCUCACCGCAGAAAGAGACCAGCUCAAACUGGACCUGCAGGAAAAUGUGGAGUUGAUGAUUGAGAAUCAGGAGGAGCUGAGGAAAUCUCUGGAGAAGAACCGUGAACAGACUAAGCAGAUCAAACUUCUGUCCGUCCAGGCAUCUAAACUGGAUGAACCCGAUGAUAUUAGCUUACAACUGGAGGAGCUGAAGGCAAAUAUUAAGACUCAGACUGCUGAACUUCAGAGUGUUCAAGCAGAGAGAGACUGUCUUCUGUCUGAAAAGAUGGCAGGCAGUCAGUCGACCACAGAGGAGAUGGAGACGUUGCUCUGCAAAGUUGCAUCUCUCAGUGAGGAGAGAAAUCAGCUGCAGGAGAUGCUGGAGAUCCUGAAACGGGAGAAGCAGCAGCUCACAGCAGAGCUGGAUGAAACCAUGGAAACUCUUCAAACUGAGAUGAAAGCUGUAACAGAGAAGCUUCACCUCACCGAGACGCAGAGAGACAGCCUGCUGUCUGAGAGGGAAGCCUACUCUCAAUGCUCAGCAGAGGAGUCGGAGAAGCUGUUGUGUCGAGUCGCUUCUCUCAGCACUGAGAGGGAUCAGCUGCAGGAAAUAGUGGAGGGACUGAGACUGGAAAAGAAACAGCUGAGAGAAGAGUUUGAAGAAAAAAUAGAGAUGUUGUCUCUGACCCAACCUGCCCAGACAGACGUGGCGUCAGGACUUCAAGAGGAUCAUGAGAAAUUAACUCAACUUCAGCAGGAGCAGGUUGCACAACUACAGGAUACCCUCCUGGUGGUCAUGGAGCAGAAGAAUCAGGUGGAGGCUGAUCUGCAGCACAGCAGGGAGAUGACCACAGAGAAUGAAAACCUUCAGAAGCAGCUCCAUCAACAGAAUGAAAGCCACGCUGACAUGGAACGAAUCAGUCAAGCUGAGAAAGCUCAGCUGCAACAACAGCUUGCGGAGACAAAAUGCCUUCUACAGUCUCUUCAGGAUGAACUCCAGGAGCAGAGGCAAACUAAAACGGAUCUGCUGAAGCUUAAUGAGCAGAAGGAAUUGGACUUUGAGCAACAGAUGAAGACUCUGAGUGAGGAGCUUGAAAAUGCUCAAGUACAGAAUCGUGUUCUGAUGCUUGAGAUUGAUGCCGCUCGCCAAAUCUCCUCAGAGGAGGAGAAGCUCCUUUGCAGAGUGACGUCGCUUACUGAGGAGAGAGAUCAGCUGCAGGAGAUUCUGCAGGGCCUCAGAGAGGAGAAGCAGCAGCUCCGAGCGGAGCUGGAGGAAAGGCUGGAAACGGUGCAGGCAGAGAUAAGUGACUUGGUAAAGAAACUGGAGGUUGUUGAAGCGGAAAGAAACUCUUUGCUGUGUGAGAAGGAGAUGGAGAAGCAGACCUACUCAGACAAGAUGGAAAAGCUGCUGUGCAGAGUGACGGUCCUUAAUAAGGAGAGAGAUCAGCUACAAGAGAUGCUUGAGGAGCUGAGACGGGACAAGGAACAUCUGAGAGCACAGCUGGAGGACAGGAUGCUAACACUACAGAAUGAGCUGAAAACUUUAACAGAACAACUGCACUGCACGGAAACCGAAAGAGACCGUCUGCUCUCUUUAAAUGAAACUAACACUCAGUCGUCCACGGAGGAGAAGGACUUGCUGCUGUCCAAAGUGAUGUCCCUAGGCGAGGAGAAAGACCAGCUGCUGGAGACUCUGGAGGAACUGUCCCAGGAGAAGCAACAGCUCAGAGAAGAGCUGGAGGAAAGAAAGGAAAUGAUCUCAGCUAUCCAGGAAAAAACCAGCCAACAGAAGCAGACCGAGAAAGGAGGAGAUGUAGAGCUACAAGACGAAGAACUGCUGAAUGAGGCAAGAGUAACCAUCUCAGCCCUUAAAGAGCAGCCAGUCGCUGCAGGGCAGAGCUCCAAUGACGUCCAGGAGACCGUGUGGUUACAGCUGCAGGACUCCACCGGACACUUUCAGGAAUCUCUUGGAAAAUUCUGUCAGUUUAUAAACAAUUGUAGGAGGUAUAAAUCCCCCCUCCUGAGAGAAAAGUGGUCUUGGAAGCACACUUAUAUGAACUCGUGUCCAAAACCAACAGUAGAAGCCUAUGACGCUGUGUGUCAGCUGGGAAUGCAGACUGUACAGAGUUUGAUAAGAAUUCUGGAGCAACUACAACUGCAGCCUGUUGACUACAGAUCAAUCUUUGAGGAGUUGGUGGAGAAGGAUUUGGCCAUUUUUGAGGAAAGGCGGCUGCAGGACCUGCUGCUUUGCCGGGUACAAGCUCCCACCUAUUCUGUCAAAAACGAGGACUUUCACUCGCUAUGGAAGUUCAGACUGAAAGAGCUUUUGGACAAACGACAGCUUUACCUACUACAAAUGGACGGCAUUUUGGAGAAACUGACAGACAACAUGGCUUCUUAUCUCGCUGAGCUGAAAGCUGAAAUCUCUGAGAGAGAGAAGUUCCAGGAGGAGCUGUUGGCUGUGUUCACCAGCCAGCCAGCCAGCUUCAGUGUGUUGGAAAGUGUUCUUCACCGAGAGCUUGACCGCAGAUCUACAGUGUCAGAAAGCAAAAGGAUGCUUCUACAGUCCAUUGAUGGGCAGAGUGGGCAGUUAGAGGAAUUAAAGCAGCUGGCAGUGCAGGCCAAAUCUCAGCUGAGAGAGGAAAAACACAAGACUUCUACCCUGCUGGAGGUGGUGGAGGGAGUUCCUCUAAAAGCAGAAGUCUCCCUGCUCGUCCAGCAUCUGAGUCUACAGCUCCAGCAAACAGAGGAAAACAUCAAAGCUCUGCAUGUACAAAUUAAAGAGCUGGAGGAGGCGCAGACUAACGCUAACAACAGGGUGUCCAUCCAUAAACAGGCCACCCAACUCUUACAGACUGAACUGCAGGACAGUCGUGCACUGAUUGAGCAGAAAGAGGCCACAAUCCAAACCCUGAAGAGCAGUCUACAAGACUCUGAGAUACAAGCAUCACCCAGUGCAGCUGAGAUGGAAAAAGUUAAGAACCAGCUGCUCAAGAUGGAGAUGAAGCUGUCUUCAGCAUCACAUGAACAUGAGCAGGAGAAACACAGAAUGGCCACGCUGUUGAGAGAAAAGGAAGAGUCGCUGAGGAAGCUGAAGGAGACUCUGAGAAGGUCACACCGGCAGGGAGAGGAGUCGUUUUUGCAGGGUAAAGACGUUCACGCUAGACUGACUAAGCCCAGAGGUGUGAUGACAGAGAGCAGCAUUCUGCUGGAAAAGACCAAGCUGGAAGAAGAAGUGAAACAGCUUCAACUGAAAAUCAUCGAGCUGGAAAGCCUGGUGUCCAGUCAGCAGGCAGAGAUCAGCAAGUGGAAGAACAGAGCCAUAAACCUAAAGAUUAAGAGCAAAGCUGAGGUGGAAAAGCCUUCAUCACCCCACACUCCCACCAAGAGAGGCUUGGCCAUGACUUCAGACUCUGUCCAUCUCCACAGCCCGCCUAAAAAGUUUCUUACUCCCAAGAAGAUCCUCGACUCCCCUAAAAAGGUUUUAGAGUCUCCUGUGAAGUUGCUGAAUUCCCCAAAGGUCUCGCUGCUCGGCUCCAAGAAGAACAGAUUCUUUGAUUUGGGGGGAAGCUCCGAGGUGCUGUCCAGAACCUGCCCCAAACAGUUCUUCGAUAACUCCAGCCUUGGCAUCAUUCCAGAUGCAGCAGUGGGAGCAGACCCAAAGGAGGAACUGUGGCCUCUCUCCCCAAAACAAGAAGAAAUGUGUAAAAACCAGUAGAAUAUUUUAAUGUGCAGGAUUUUAAAUUGUUUUUCUCAUAGUUAAAUAAAGUUUUUCUCGACAAAGAAAUCUCGUCUGUCAGAUUUCAGACGUCGUUUCUGCAGGACGAAGAUGAGAUGCUGCCUGAGCACACGGACCAACUGCAGCGUUCUGGAUAGUCUGCUCAGUAGACGGGCUUUUGUGGAUCAUAUUUGAGACUGCACAUUUCCUAGUUAACAUUACACUGACCAUUUUCAGUGAUUCAACGUUGCAUGGGUUUGAGCUUUUCUGGUUCU